GGACUGAGGGACCUGGGGGUGGUUAGCCUGAGGGGAGACCUCAUCUGUCUAUAACUGCCUGAAAGGUUGUACCAAGGUGGGUGCUGGUCUGUUCUCCCAAGUGAGGGGUGAUAGGAGAGAGGGAAUGGCCUCAAGUUGCACCAGGGCAGGUUCAGAUUGGGCAUCAGGAAUAAUGUCUUCACCAAAAAGGUUCUCAGGCACUGGCAGAGGCUGCCCAGGGAGGUGGUGGAGUCCCCGUCCCUGGAGGGGUUUAACAGAUGGGUGGUUGAAGUGCUCAGGGAUCUGGUUUAAUAGUGCACAGGUGUGGUUGCACUCGAUGAUCUCAAGGGUCUUUUCCAACUUGAUUCUAUGAUUCUGUUGUUUUCCAAGGACUCAUUUUUAUGUUAUUAUGAACUUCACAGCAGCCAAAUCUUUGCUAACUGGGCCUUUGGACCUUGCAUUUGAGACGGAGAGAGGCUGCACGCAGAGGGGAUCGGAUGUGGAUCCCUCUGUUCAGCACAGACCACACUGAACACAGGAAUUGCUGUGUUCAGCUUCAGGAAAUACGCUGUUGGAAAAAAAACAUGCUGUAAAAGAAACCAGGCUGUCAGAGGGGCGUUCUGUCUAACUUUCAAAAAAUGUAGCUACUUGGGUGAAACUUAGCUCCAUUUUAGCUUAAAUCAAAAUAGUCCACUUUUUGUUAUAGUAACUAUUUCUUGUGCCAGGGGGAUCAGGGCUGUCCUGGGCGGGCACUGGGACGGAGGGAAUCAGGGCUGCCCUUCAAUCCACAGGCAGUGGAUUCAGUCACUGAAGGAAUCGCUGCUCACAGUAUCAGCAGAAGUGGUUUUAACAUGACACUGCAAAAAGCAUGACUUAGUGGAGGUUGAUGGUAGGGUUCACGCUAUUAAUUACUAUGUGGAAGAAGCAUACAGGGUAACAUUGAGCUAGAACUGAGUUCACAGAGAGACCAGAGAUGCAGAGGGGUCAGGGAGACCCUCCUGCUAGGAUGUCAGAGUCAGAGGAAUCCCCCUCACUCUCUGAGCUCCUUACGGAGCUGAUGCCUGGCCAGGUCAGAGCUUAGUUUCAGACUCGGUCCAUGGUUUAUGUCUGAUGGAGUUGCCUAUACAAAGCUUGUAAUAAUAAACAUUAAGCAGCUACGCAGAUGGUAAAGUUUCCUUAGUGUCAAUUCAGCAUGCAAUCAAAUUACCACAUUAAAAGGUUAUUAGAGCAUCGUGGAAUGAUUUAGGCUGGAAGGGACCUUAAAGCCCAUCCAGUCCCACCCCCUGCCAUGGGCAGGGACACCUCCCACUGGAUCAGGGGGCUCAGAGCCCCAUCCAACCUGGCUUUGAACACCUCCAGGGAUGGGGCAGCCACCACUUACCUGGGCCAGGGCCUGCCACCCUCACAGUGAAGAAUUUCUUCCUAACGUGAUGUUGGCUGCUUGCCAAAGUUAACUGCCUCUGGCAUGAGAGCUUUCUACCUUGAGGAGUACCUUGAGAGGCAUCCCAGUGCAAGGGGAGAUCAUCACUGUGCAGCCGAGCAGGGACAGCGCCAGGAAAGCUCACUUAGGCUGUCAUAUUUAUAGGAUAAAGUGGUUGACUCUUAGUCACAUUGCAGGGGAUGGAAAAGCCAUGCAUGAGACUCUUCUAUCCACAGGUUACUUUCUUCUGCAAUACAUGAGUCUUUGAAAAUCCACCGGCUAUUGAUGCAUGAAACGCAUGAUGGGGGAUGCAGGCUCAUAUGCAUCGGUGCUCAGUGUGUCACUGCAUCGUGGUGGACAAUAAUCAGGGUUCUCUGUCCAUUAUUUGUGUCCCUGAGUCGUUCUUGCCCCAUCCCUGGUGGUGUUCGAGGCCAGAUUGGAUGGGGCUUGGAGCCCCUGAUCCAGUGGGAGGUGUCCCUGCCCAUGGCAGGGGGUUGGAACUGGUUGGGCUUUGAGGUUCUUUCCAACCCAAACCAUUCCGUGGUUCUGUGGUUCUAUAAUUCUACCAAAUUCCUUUUAGCAACCCACUGGGGUCAUUGUGUCCAACAGUUUCUUUCCCAUAGGGAUAGGCAAUAAAUCCUGACAGAAUAUGCCCUUAGAUUAUAGCCAUUGGUGGAUUGUGGCAGGAGUUGUGGAAGAAAGCCGAAGGUGGCCAAGGGCGUGGAGAGGAUGGAAGAGGAAGGAAUAUUUGCAAAAUGCAAGGUACCUGCUUAGAAGCUGCUUAGCAAGACAGGGAGAGUAAUAAUAAAAGGGAGCAAGACCUAAAAGAACUUCAAGGCAGAAACGCAGCUGAAUUAAUAGUCCCUUUGAAAACUGAGCAACAGGAAGAAAAGGAGAAAAGACGAAAGACGGAGGAAGGGGUCAGGAUGGUGCUUCCAUGGGCUCCCCACCCCCCUGGCAUUGUACAGGUUAGGAAGUUAACAGCAUCCCCUGGAGAAUGGGAUGGGACGUAUGGGUGACCCCACUGAUGGCGAACCAGGGAAGACAAUGCUGAACGACCUGCUGCGCUUCGACGUGAAGGACUGCUCGUGGUGCAGGGCUUUUACGACGGGGACUCCACCAGCACCGCGGUAUCAUCACUCGGCUGUGGUCUACGGGAGCAGCAUGUUUGUGUUCGGUGGCUACACUGGAGACAUUUAUUCCAAUUCCAACCUGAAGAAUAAAAAUGAUCUCUUUGAAUAUAAGUUUGCAACUGGACAGUGGACAGAGUGGAAGACUGAAGGAAGGUUGCCAGUUGCAAGGUCAGCUCACGGCGCAACAGUGUACAGUGACAAGCUGUGGAUCUUCGCAGGAUAUGAUGGCAACGCACGGUUAAAUGAUAUGUGGACGGUUGGCCUACAGGAUAGAGAGCUCACAUGCUGGGAAGAGAUUGAACAAAGCGGUGAAAUUCCUCCUUCAUGCUGUAAUUUCCCUGUGGCUGUUUGCAAAGACAAGAUGUUUGUUUUCUCUGGCCAAAGUGGAGCAAAGAUUACCAAUAAUCUCUUUCAGUUUGAAUUCAAGGAAAAGAUUUGGACACGAAUUCCUACCGAGCACUUGCUUCGUGGCUCCCCUCCUCCUCCCCAGCGAAGAUACGGCCACACAAUGGUUGCGUUCGACCGGCAUCUCUACGUGUUUGGUGGUGCUGCAGAUAACACACUGCCCAACGAACUUCACUGCUACGACGUGGACUCUCAGACUUGGGAAGUCAUCCAGCCCAGCCCAGAUAGUGAGUUACCCAGUGGGAGACUCUUCCAUGCGGCAGCCGUUAUCUCCGAUGCAAUGUACAUCUUUGGCGGCACAGUGGACAAUAACGUUAGAAGUGGAGAAAUGUACCGGUUCCAGUUUUCCUGUUACCCUAAAUGCACCCUACAUGAAGAUUAUGGGAGGCUGUGGGAAAACAGGCAGUUCAGCGACUUGGAGUUCGUUUUGGGAGAGAAGGAAGAACGGGUCCGAGGGCACACUGCAAUUGUUACAGCUCGCUGCAAGUGGCUGAAAAAGAAAAUCAUCCAGGCAAGGGAGAGGUUGAAACAGAAAUCAAAGCAAGAUAUUGAAGAUGAGGGUCAUGCGACAUGUCAGAAGGAUGGGAUCGGUGGGAAUGUCAAGUUGUGCCGCCUGCAGCCACUGCUGGAAGUUCCCAUCCGAGAGGCUGAGGCACAACCCUUCGAGGUGCUCAUGCAGUUUCUGUAUACGGAUAAAAUAAAAUACCCUCGCAAAGGUCACGUGCAGGAUGUGUUACUUAUUAUGGAUGUAUACAAACUAGCCCUAAAUUUCAAGCUCUCUCGGCUGGAACAGCUCUGCCUUCAAUAUAUUGAAGCAUCCGUAGAUCUGCAGAAUGUGCUCAUUGUGUGUGAAAAUGCUAACAAGCUUCAGCUGGAUCAGCUAAAGGAACAUUGCCUGAACUUUGUGGUGAAGGAAUCCCAUUUUAAUCAGGUAAUAAUGAUGAAGGAGUUUGAGCAUCUUUCUUCGUCCCUCAUCGUGGAGAUUGUACGGAGGAAACAGCAGCCUCCUGUUCGAACACAUUCUGAUCAGCCGCUCGACAUCGGAACGUCUUUAAUUCAGGACAUGAAGGCUUACCUGGAAGGAGCUGGGACUGAGUUCUGUGAUAUCAUCCUUCUCCUCGACGGCCACCCGCGCCCGGCCCAUAAAGCGAUCCUGGCAGCCCGCUCCAGUUACUUCGAAGCCAUGUUCCGUUCCUUCAUGCCAGAAGAUGGACAAGUGAAUAUUUCUAUAGGUGAAAUGGUUCCCAGCAAGCAAGCAUUUGAAUCUAUGCUUAGAUACAUUUAUUAUGGAGAAGUGAACAUGCCGCCUGAAGACUCCCUCUACCUCUUUGCUGCGCCGUACUAUUACGGCUUCUCCAACAACAGGCUGCAGGCGUACUGUAAGCAGAAUCUAGAAAUGAACGUCACUGUGGAGAACGUGCUCCAGAUUUUAGAGGCGGCUGACAAGACCCAGGCCCUGGACAUGAAGAGGCACUGCCUGCACAUUAUCGUUCACCAGUUCACCAAGGUCUCCAAGUUGCCAAAUCUCCGCUCCCUGAGUCAGCUCCUCCUCCUUGACAUCAUAGAGUCGUUAGCUAACCACAUAUCAGACAAGCAGUGCGCAGAGCUGGGCUCAGACAUAUGACGGGCUUUGGUAAUCGAACUUUUCAUUUGUUCCUCAAAAAACCCUAGCACUUUACACUUGAUUUUCUUUUUUUACCAUUCCAUACUGAGCUGCUCAGUGUCUACCCAGCAUAGCAGGCGGCCUAGAGGAAUACGGACCGCCGAGCUGCCCUCCCGUGGAUUCGCCUGGUUUGUACCUUCAUGGUUCAGAAGGGUUUGGUCUCUGUUGCGCAAAUUUAAAAUUGAAACCAUUACAGGAAUGAAUUAAUUCCAUGUGGUUUGGGGAGUAACUUAGUUUAGAAUCAAGCCUGUUAUUACUUUCAUACUGGAAAAUAAAGCAGUCGUAAGAGAGUCACUAAUGCUGUGAGUGGAAGUGAGGUAUUACAGAACUGGAAGGAGAGCACAUGGUGUUCACAGCGAGGCUGACUGCUGGACCAGAAGGUGGUGACUUCUUGGAGGCUCUCCAUGGUGUGAGUUAAAAGACAAACCUUUCCCAGCUGCCUCGGUUGGUGGGCUGCAGGAGGGCCAGACCUGUGUUCUGCGGCAGGUCAGCCUGGAAGAUUACAGCGGUCCUUUCUGACCAUCAAAUCCAUUAAUGCUGUCCCACUAAGCCUUUCUAAAGCAAUUUGUUAAUAAAGAGUCAACAUCUUCUUCUGGCAUUUCAUGAUUG